GGUUAUACAGUGAAGAGAGUGUAAGUUCCACACUUGGGGCAUCCAAAGCCGGAGAAGGGCACGCCGCCUCUUCUCCUGCAAUGUUUGCUCCUCCUCUUCUAAACCCCCUGCCGGGUGAAACCGUCAGUCAAAAAGCUUUGGAAAAGCUCCGGUCAAUAUACUCAGCAGGUAACACAGUACCGAUCCCCUUCCUGAGAGCAACCGACAUAUCGCCAAUUGCACUCUUGUCGAGCAACAUGCUUGGGGCCUGGCAACAAGAUGACACGCUGCAUGAGCUUUUCUCUAGCGAUGCACAACAGUCAAAAAGAGGCCGAAGCAGACAAAACGAGGGCCCCCUUCCUCCAAGUGUACACCGGCGGCUCUCUUCUAGUCCUACUCUAAUGAAUCUAACCCAAGCUUUGGCAUAUCAUAGGAUGUGUUAUGAUGACAUGCCUCUUCAGGAAAUGCAAGCUACACAAGAGCAAAAGACCAUCCAGAGCCUGUGCGACACACUUAAAACUAUUUUGCGAUUGUAGAUAUAUCCUUUUAUCACCAAAAAAGAGUAUAACAAGUUGACAUCAUAACAUGUUUUAAAUGACAUGACACAUGAAUUCAUCUUUUAAAUGUUCAUUCCCCAUUUAUGGUAAAUUAUUUAUUGUAACCUUUGAAAUUUGAGUAGUUUAAAUCAAUAUUCCCCCGUCCC